GCUCCCCCUUCUUCCUGCAGUCACUGCCACGUUAGUAACAGCAGACGCGAAGAGGAACGCCAGCCCGCGGUGUGCACUGCUCGGCAUUUCAUUGAGUGAAGCGCCCGCCCCUCUCCAGUCGCCUUUCUUUUGCUUUUUUUUUUUUCUUUCACUCUCCCCUCAGUUUAGAAACAGGAGGUUACAUUGCUCUUAAAAAUCACACACACAAAAGGAGGCCAUGUUCCGCGUGUUGCUGUUCUGCGUGCUCGGCGUUGCUGUCCGGGCUGAGAUCCCCGAAGAGGACGAUGUCUUGGUGCUCAAGAAGGACAACUUCGAGGAAGCGCUGAGCACCCAUCGCGACAUCCUGGUGGAGUUCUAUGCUCCCUGGUGUGGACACUGCAAGGCCCUUGCACCCGAGUAUGCAAAGGCUGCAGGGAAAUUGAAGGAAGAGGGCUCCAGUAUCAGGCUGGCAAAGGUUGACGCCACCGAGGAAAAUGAGCUGGCCCAAGAGUACGGUGUCCGUGGUUAUCCCACAAUUAAGUUCUUUAAGAACGGGUCCAAGGCUGCACCGAAAGAGUACACGGCUGGUAGACAAGCAGAUGAUAUUGUUAACUGGCUGAAGAAGCGCACUGGUCCAGCAGCUUCAACCCUCUCAGAUGUUGGUGCAGCCGAGAAGCUCAUUGAAGACAAUGAAGUUGCUGUUAUUGGUUUCUUUAAGGAUGUUGACUCUGAGAGUGCUCAUACUUUCCUGGAAGCUGCAGAAGCCAUGGAUGAUAUCCCUUUUGGCGUUACGUCUGCUGAUGAGAUCUUUUCGAAAUAUGAAGUGACCAAGGAUAGCAUAGUACUAUUCAAAAAGUUUGAUGAAGGUCGCAACACAUUUGAAGGGGAAGCAACCAAGGAAAACCUGCUGGCUUUCAUCAAGGCAAACCAGCUCCCUGUUGUGAUUGAGUUCACAGAGCAGACAGCACCCAAGAUCUUUGGCGGCGACAUCAAGUCUCAUAUCCUCCUGUUUUUGCCCAAGAGUUCUCCUGAUUACCAAGAUAAAAUUGACCAGUUUAAGAAAGCUGCAGAAGGGUUCAAGGGCAAGAUCCUCUUUAUCUUCAUUGAUAGUAACCUAGAUGACAACCAGAGAAUCUUGGAAUUCUUUGGACUGAAAAAGGAGGAAUGCCCAGCUGUGAGACUCAUCACACUGGAGGAUGAAAUGACUAAAUAUAAACCCGAAAGUGAGGAGAUCACCACAGAAAACAUUAAGGGCUUCUGCACCAAAUUCAUUGAAGGGAAGCUCAAGCCCCACUUAAUGAGCCAAGAUAUCCCCGAGGACUGGGACAAAAAUCCAGUGAAAGUUUUGGUUGGCAAAAAUUUUGAAGAGGUUGCCUUUGAUCCAACAAAGAAUGUAUUUAUAGAAUUCUAUGCCCCAUGGUGUGGUCACUGCAAGCAGCUCGCACCCAUAUGGGACAAACUUGGAGAGAAAUUUAAGGAUUCUGAAGACGUAGUCAUUGCAAAGAUGGAUUCCACUGCUAAUGAAAUUGAAACUGUCAAAGUACACAGUUUUCCCACACUAAAGUUCUUCCCUGUUGGAGAAGAAAGAAAGGUGGUAGACUACAAUGGUGAGAGAACCUUGGAAGCUUUUACCAAAUUCUUGGAGAGUGGUGGACAGGAUGGCGCUGGUGCUGCUGAUGACGAUGAUGAUCUCGAAGAUGAUGACACAGAAUUGCCAGAAGAUGAAGACACCGAUGGACACGACGAGUUAUAAAUGGAAUGAGGCACAUAUCCCAAAAACACUAACAUCACUUAAUUUGAAAGUGUUGCAUUAGGAUGGGGUUGGAGGGACUGAAGAGUGCUGAAAUUUGGGAAUUUGAGAGAAAUGUGCAGUUGGGGGGGGGGGGGGUGUUGGGAGGCUUUUUUUUUUUUUAGGAUUUUAUUUUUAAGUAGAUUUUUUUUUUUUUUUUUUUUUGUACUGGCUUUUAAUUUUUCAUUCCCUCCUUUUCUCCCCCACAACUAUUUGCUCGUUGAAAAUGGGUUUCUCUGAAAGCAGUUUAAUCAACAUGCCCAAAAGAUGUCUGUCCAGUCCAUUUGUGUGCAAAGUUGCACAUUGUUUAACAGCAUUGUAGCAUUAGGAUGUACAUAUUUUUAAAUCUGUCCAGCUUACCAGAGUAUUGCUGUAGACUAUAUCUACAAUAUGCAGACUUUACAUAUUGGUUCAGAAAGUCUACACAUUAACAAAUGUAUUUUCUCCAUCCUCUUGGAGGUUUAAAUCGAGAUGUGUGUUUCCACUAUUCUGGACCUUCCUGUCCCAUCUGGUUACUGAUGUGUACUCGAAAAAUAAAUA